UUAAUCACCACUGGGUUUUUUUAUUUUUUGCUAAACAAACUAACAAAUACUGAAAAUUGUGAAAAAAGUAUUUUCUUAGUUUCCGUUAUACAAUUUUGUAAAUAAGUAAUUUUUCUCCUUCACUGAUGUGCGUUAAUGAGGCUGCAGUGAUGGGCACUGAUAGGCUACACUGAUCGGCACUGAUAUGUGGCACUUAUGAGGCACUGAUGGGCGGGCACUGAUAGGCGGCACUUAUGGGCACUGAUAGGC